CAGAGCUGCACAACUCUUAAGUAGACCCUCCCACUGCCAAUAAUCAGGAAGAGCAUGCCGAGGCCCAUUGGCAGCCACAGCGGGCGGCAGGGCGGCAAGAGACAAAACCGAUGGGAGGCGCAACAGCCAGAGGCAGGCUCCGGGAGCGACGAGGGCAGCUCGGAAGCGGAGGAGGAGGGGCCGUUCCCCAUCAAGUUGGCCAUGUGGGACCUGGGGCAGUGCGACCGCAAGCGCUGCACCGGCACGCGGCUGGCACGGCAGGGGCUGGUGCGUGAGCUGCGCCUGAACCAGAGCUACCCGGGGGUCAUCCUGAGCCCUGUGGGGCGCAGCUGCGUGUCCCGGCAGGACCAGGAGCUAGUGGGCACCAAGGGGCUGGCGGUGGUGGACUGCUCAUGGAACCGCCUGGACGAUGUGCCCUUUGGCCGCAUCAAGGGGCAGGCGCCCCGCCUGCUGCCCUGGCUGCUGGCUGCCAACCCUGUCAACUAUGGCAAGCCCUGCAAGCUGUCGUGCGCAGAGGCGGUGGCGGCGGCGCUCCACAUCUGCGGCUGGCAGGCGGCGGCGGUGCGGCUGAUGAGCCGUUUCAAGUGGGGCCACAGCUUCCUGUCCUUGAACCAGGGCUUGCUGGACCGGUACGCGGCGUGCGAGACCGCGGUAGAGGUGAUUGCUGCGCAGGCAGAGCACCUGCAGUCGAUGCAGGCUGGGGGCGGCCUCCACCGCCGCCUGCCCGCAGGCAUGGGCGGGGCGAGCGACGAGGAGGGCGAGGAGGAGGAGGAGGAGGCGGAUGACGGCAGCUACCUGCGCCGCGGCAUGCUGCCGCCGUCAGAGUCGGAAGAGGAGUCCGAGGCAGAGGAGGAGGCGGACACAGCAGCGAGCGCGGCAGGCAGAGGGACAGGUGCUACAGGAGGGGCGGCAGGAGAGCAGCGGGGAGGAAGUUACUUGCCCGCGGGCCUGCUGCCGCCGUCCGCCUCGUCCUCGGAUGCUGAUGAAGAGGAGGAGGAAGCAGUGCAGCAGGAGCAGGCAGGAGAGGAGGGAGAGGCUGCUGCCCCAGCGCUGCAGGGCUUGAGAUUGACAUAGCAGCGUGAUGCAUCCUUGCGCCAUGUUGGUGGUGUUCUGGUGUUACCUGGGAAGACCUGGCAUUGCAAGAAAAGCAAGUGCAACGGGAAAGGGGCAUUUAUUGGAGCUAUCAAGUGCCGCAGGGGGAAGGCUCUAAUGCAGGUGGGGACAGCGCUAGACGUGCGACAGUGAGGAUUGCAGGUGAGAGGGGGGGCGCGGUGAAGAAAGCCAAAGCUAGCUUUGCAGGCCGCAGCCAACGAAAUGGUCGGAGGAGAUGUGCUGGCAGAGCAGGAGUAUGUAUAAAGUCGUCGCCGCCAGACCCAACCCAAGCUCGAGCAUGGGAACAGUAGCGGGCGGAGGGGGGCAACUGAAGCAUGCAAUAAAAAACAAUCUCAGGGCUGCCAGGCAGGGCCCGAGGUGGUGGUCGAGUUGGAGGGUAAUGUACAGGAAGAUGCAGGGAUGCAGGUGCGGCAGUACAAUGAAUUGCACCAUACUGUAUGACGUGUGAGGGAGCACAAAGCGCACUGGACUCGUGGGCUCCUCCCCGGCUCAGCUGCCGGCCCCCGCCGCCUUGCGCACCAGCACGUGGUAGUGCAGGUUGCGGCGCGGGCCCUCCCGCUCCGUGCCGCACUCUGUGGACACGACAGUGUAUCCCUCGGCCUGCUUGGCCUGCAGCGCGGCGUUGAGCUGGCGCAGCAGGCCGGCCUGCGCCACCGCCAGCUCAGCAGCCUCCUGGAACCCGGUCUCCAGGAACACGGCAUCCAGCGUGGCCGCCUGCUGCUGCUGCUGGGCCGCCAGCGCGGCGGCGGCGCCGCCAAACCGGGCCGCCAGCAGCUGGCCGCCGUGGGCGCUGCCCUCUGCGAUGUUUGCGGGCAUGUCUGAGGGUGUCUCCUCGCCCGCCUGGCCCGCAGCCGCCACCGCCGCCGCCGCAGCCACCGCCGCCGCCGCCGUGGCCGCCGCCAGCAUGCCGCGCGCGCGAUCUGCCAGGUCAGGCAGCUGGUAGAAGUCAGCCUCCCUGGCCAGCAGCUGCAGCGUGCGCUCGUCGCGGGGCAGGAUGGAGGGGCUGUCGGCAAAGCGGUGGGAGCGCAGGAAGUCGAGCACAUACUCAAAGAUCUUGCCGCUCCUGUCCACAAAAUACUCGCUGCCGUUGUGGCCCUUGGCCGCCGCCGCCGCCGCCUGCUGGGCCAGCUUGGAGAAGUAGGAGCCUCCCACGGCGGCCAGCGUGGCGGCGGUGGUCAGGAAGCGGUGGCCGCCCACGUUUAGCGUGACAAACACCUUGCCGUCGGCGGCGGGCGGCGCGGCGGCGGGGCGCGCGGCCUCUCGCUCUCGGUUGUCUGCCGAGCCCUCGCGGCGGUCACCUUUGGGCGACUGAGGGUGGUAGCCGUUGUCGCCG